AUGCGCGCCGGCCCGCGCGAGUCCAUCUACUUUGAACCCGGCAAGGUCAAAGCCGCCAUCGUCACCUGCGGCGGCCUCUGCCCGGGGCUCAACGACGUCAUCAGGCAGCUGACGAUCACGCUGGAGGAGUACGGCGUGAACGACAUCAAGGGUAUCCGGUACGGCUUCAGGGGUUUCUUCGAGCAGGAGGGCGAGCUUCGGCAGCCCAUCAAGCUGACGUCUGAUUUGGUAGAGACGAUCCACUUGGAGGGCGGCAGCAUCCUGGGUUCGUCCCGCGGUGGGAGCGACACGAGCGACAUCGUGGACGCCAUCGCUGAGAUGCAGCUGGACUUUCUGUUCGUCAUCGGCGGCAACGGGUCGCACGCGGGCGCGCUCGCCAUCGAUAACAUGUGCCGCGAGCGGAACAUGCCAACCGCGGUCAUCGGCAUACCCAAGACGAUCGAUAACGACAUCCUGCUCCUCGACCGAACCUUCGGGUUCCAGACAGCCGUGGACGAGGCGAUCAAGGCGAUCAGAUCUGCCGCCAUCGAGGCUAGGUCCGCGUUCAACGGCGUCGGCCUCGUUCGCGUCAUGGGUCGACAGUCGGGGUUCAUUGCCAUGCACGCCGCUCUGGCGUCGGGCGAGGUGGACGUCUGCCUGAUUCCCGAGAUUGACACCACCCUGGAGGGUCAAGGGGGCGUGCUGGCGCACGUGCGGAGGGUGCUGACCCGAAAAGAGCACUGCGUCAUCGUCGUGGCGGAGGGCGCCGGGCAGGAGAUCCUCGGUAAGAUGGGGGAGACGGACGCGAGCGGCAACCCGGUUUUACAAAAUUUCGCCAAGUUUCUCCAGAAGGAGAUGAAGGAGAAACUCGCCGAUUGCUCCCCGGACAUCAAGUACAUCGACCCGACGUACAUGGUGCGCGCGUGUCCGACGAACGGGAGCGACGCAGUGUACUGUUCGCUGCUGGGUCAGAACGCCGUGCACGCGGCGUUUGCGGGCCUCUCGGGCGUCACCGUCGGCCUGUGCAACGGUCACUACGUGUACCUCCCGAUCCCGCCGCUCAUCUCGCGAGCGCGGGAGGUUGAUCCGAACGGGCGGAUGUGGGAGAGGCUCAAGCUGGCGAUCCAGCAGCCGGUGUUCUCGGCGAGCGCGUGA